UCGUGAGAUUAUGUAUCUCUCUUGAAUCUUAACACCGACUGAAAAAGGUGUAUGUCAGGUAGAAUCAAUGUUAUUGAAUUUUGACGUAUAGCGCUAUAAUUAUCUAUGAGAUGUACCGGAACUACAGAUCACGUGAUUUGUACACUCCGCAAGGAACAGUGGGGCAUAAUGCCGACAAUCCCUACUCUUUCGAUGGUUUGCAUGGCGGACCAUGGCAAGGGCAACAAAAUGUGUCAUGAGUCCGAAGCACGCGCACAUGACAACAAUACUGUACUCUGAAGAUACCCCUCUAUCUGAUGUACCAGUCUUGGAGACUUGGAUGUCUGGGAUGAAAUUGAACGAAGUUUGCGACGUCUUUUAAAUAAUCCCACAAGGGUGAAGGAACUCUGUCUUAUCGUUCCACAAAUAUGGAACCUUUCACUUUACAAGAUUGGUUGAUUAUAGUAACAGCAACAAGUUACCCUCACAUGGCUUAGCACAAAUAUAUUUCACUGAAGAUCACAAGAGGUAGUUUGAGUAUCCAUAAUCUGUGCCAAGUAACAUAUCCACACACCGACAGUGUUCACAACUAGAUCCUGGAUCACACUGUCACAAUGCAACUGAUUAUCUCAACAUUAUGUCACAUGUCCACACGUAACACAUACCAAGCUAAUCAGCCUCACAACAUGCACUGCGCAAUUAUCGCGGCAUUAGGCUACACACCAUCUGCUUAGAACACAUGAACCAAAAUUCGUCCCAAUCUCCUGGUUGCAUGAUAUUGGACGAACAUGGAAUCUGCACCGCUACUUGAAGACAGGGAUAAAGACAAGUCUAAAGUGGGAAAUCUACUCAAGGCUAACGUUGUGUUUCUUGUUUUUCAAGUGGCUGUCAAUAUCCGCAAUCCACUGGUAACACAAUAUCUUUACAAGAGGUACUCCGAUGAGGAGUUCAAUAACAGCACAGGGCAUGUCAACUCUCCUAACCAAACAUCCCAGUGUUACGUCAAUGAAUCGGAUCCAGGAUAUAUGCUACAGGAAAAGGUUCAAGAAAAUACUUCGAACUGUCAAACGAUACUGACAGUUAUUGGAAGCUCCGGAGCAGUAAUCAGCUGCAUGUUUCUCGGGGCAUAUUCUGAUUUUCUUGGUCGACGGGUCCUUUUCAUAGCACCUUUAGCUGGAGUGGUUGUGAAGUUUUGGUUGACGACAGUUGUUAUUUACUGGAAUCUAGAUGUGAGAUACCUGUACAUUGGUGAGGCACUUCAAGGUUUUUCAGGGGGAUACAAUGGUGUGAUUCUAGCUAGUUAUGCCUACACAGCUGACAACACACCACCGAAGAACUCACGGACAGUAUGGAUCGCUGUGAUAGAUUUCACCACCUACCUGGCUGCUGCAGCUUCUCAGGUCAUUACUGGAUACUUCAUCAAAAACCUAGGCUAUCUCUACCCCUCUGUGACUACUGCCUUACUCAUGCUUCUGUCUCUCGUCCUUGUCGCUGUUCUUCUCCCGGAAACUAUCAACUCAGAUAGAAGAUCCCAAUACCCAACUCCAGUGAAAGCAGUGAAAAAUGUCUUUGGAUUCUACUUUUCAAAAGAUUUUGGACCAAAGGGAAGCCUUUUCUUGCUCACACUUGCAUCAUAUUUGAUAUUAUAUUUCAGUCAGAGUGGUGUGUAUUUUGUAGAAUAUCUUUUCCAACUUAACCUGCCUUUCUGUUGGGGCCCAGAGCUCAUCGGCUAUUUCAAUAUGGCAUUGUCCCUAACAAGACAAUUUCUAGGGAUUCCAGUCAUCAAACUCCUCCAUCUGUGCACCUCCGAUCCAGGAAUAUGUAUCAUAACAUCUAUCAUACAGGCGGGAGCCUAUGUCCUACACGGCCUGGCCAACACUGACGUCUUGCUCUUCUCUUUUGUUUUGCCCAAUGCUAUUGCAGGCCCUUUGUUUCCGGCACUGCGGGCUAUCAUGUCGAGAAUGGCCCCUGCUGAAAUGCAGGGAUCACUGUUUGCAGGUAUUGUACUGGUGAACAUCAUCUCAGAAGGUAUAGGGAUACCAGCUUUCAACGAGAUGUAUAAUGCCACUGUGAGGAUACUCCGUGGCUUCGCCUUUUUCGCCUGUGCGGGAUGCCAACUGUUGUCUGCAGUUAUCAUAGUAGUGUUCCUGUGUACAUCCCGCCGCGUCGUUGACACUGAUACCUCCACUGGUGUUGGCAUCAACGACGACUGAAAGCCAGGCCCCAUCAUCCCCCACCAGGACAAGUCUAUCACCGACACGAUGAUGUAGUGUCCUUGGCUGAUGUUUUCGACUGUGGAAUGAGGAUGAUACUGAGGCAUUGAUAUUCAAAUGACGCUGCAUGUACUACAUGGGCCCUAUUAGUUCGGGAAACCCGCCUUUCGGAUCAUAACUGUCGUUAACGUUGGGGUGAAGGGAGUGUGUGAUGGUGGAGUGAGGUUCGUGAUGUUGCAAUCAUGACUUUAUGUGUGCACACACCGUGUGAAACUUGAAACAGACAAAAAUGACAUGAUCAGUAUCUUAUCUUUAACACGAAGUACAUAGUGUGACACCCAACAUACAGCUAUCUCAACUAUACAGCAAACCAGUAUCACAAGUAGCGAGACGUCGCACCUUGGAUGAGUUUCCAUUUACAUAGAAAUUAAUUUUAUAAUUAUUUCAGGACUGAUUAGGAUGAAGGUUGGAAUACAAACAUAUCUCAAUUUGAAUAGGGUAUAAAUUGUUUUAAAGAAAAGUGAACGAUGCUGAUGACGGUCAUAUCCAAAUAUAUUUUGAGAAGGAACCAGUUGAGAAAUCUUUAUGGAAUUAUUCCAUUGAAAAUAACAUUAGGUGCAUGGAAAUUAACAACACUAAAAGCACAUUAAGAUACUUUGCACAUUGGUAAGUAACAAGUAUAAGAAACAUGAAAAGAAAACGAGACAAUUUUCCAUUUCCUCGAGGCCGCCACGACAGAUAGUCUUGUGACAUCAUCUACACAUCGAUCGAAACGUCAAACAUCAAUGUCCCGUGUUAGGAGCUCGAGUGAGUGAGUUGCCUCCCCUUCGCUUGAAACUUGUCUCCCUUGAUUAGUAUACCUUCAACCGCCUCACAGCUGUAGCUCGUUUGCUGCCAACUGUCACAGCUCCCUGCUACGCUGGACUCCACAACAUGGAGUUAAACUCGCAGCCUGACCGUUUUGUUUACAAACAAGUCAUGACUGUCGUGACGCUAAAUAUUUUUCAUUGCUAAAUUGCUAAAUUAGUUUGUCAAUUUCAUUUCAACUAUCAUAUAAUUGGUACAGGAUAGUUGUAAGGAGAAAGUUGCAGUGCUUUUCCGUGUGUCUACAAUCUCAAAUCUGAUUACAAAAACAACGUAAAUUCAUCUGGGAAAUAGUAACUCAGUAGUUGAUGCACCCAAUUAUACCAUCUAUUAUUGCACGUGUUGAAGUAUGUUAAGGGUGAUUUUUCUUUCUGUUACUAUACAUGGAGUUGACUCAUGAAACAUCAAGGUCACCGUAGUUUUAAUAAUGCAAGUGUCAUGGAAAAUAAAUAUAUACCUUGGAGACAAAAAUGAUAACGUCUUUCAUUGUGAAAACAUUUUGUUGAUUGUUCUAUGGUCAUAUCAGUCUUGUGGCUUCAAAUUUCAUCAGGAACACUCAUCUAUCAAAGCAUUAAUACUACAGGCAGGAUAGGCAUAUCUUCAGAAUUAGAUCCUCAGCAAGAAAUUAAAAAUACUUUACGGAAGCAAAAACACCCAUGACUUUUUAAGUGCCCAGUUAACAUUUUGUCUAUCAUUUUCUGUAACUAAUUCGACAAUGCAUUACAUAUGAGAUUGUAAACUAGUGACAAGUGUCUUCUACAAAAGCAAAUUAAUCAUCUGGAAUGUUAUUGCAAAGAUUGGAAUUUCUCUGUCAACAAGAACAAGACAAAAGUUAUUGUUUUUAAAAAUUGAGGUACACUAGCUAAAAGGGAGCAAUGGUUUUAUCAAGGACAUUCAUUAUAUGUUGUAUCGUUCUAUAAGUACUUAGGUGUAUAUUUUACAAACAGAUUGUCAUGGAAGAUGAUCCAAAUUGGAAUACUUCAACAUACGAAAGUUCUUGGAAAUAUAACCUAUAAUAAAUUCUUAUAAAUUUUCGAUACAAAAGUAAGCCCAAUUUAGGUAUAUGGGGUUUGGGGAUUAGAAUAAUUGAUGUUAUGGAAAAAGUACAUUUAUAUGCAUGCAAAAGAUUCCUUGGUGUGAAACCUAGUACGUCUAAUCUAAUGGUCUAUGGAGAAUGUGGACAAUACCCAUUAACUAUUUUUGCAAAGUUAAAGACGAUAAAGUACUGGAUCAAAUUAGUUAAAAUGCCUGUAACAAGAUAUCCAAAGAAAUGUUAUAACAUGUUAUUACUCUAUGAUCAACAAGGACAGACUAACUGGGCAUCUUCUGUUAAGCGUCAACUUUAUUCAUGUGGUUAUGGUAAUAUAUGGACAGAACAGGAUACGUUUAUACCUGGACACUUCAUAGAUGCUUUCACUCAUACCCUGAAAAAUAUGUACAUUCAAAAUUGGCAUUUUUCCUUAUCAUUUAUCCAAGAAACUAUCAAGCUAUUCCCUCUUUCAAAACAGUUUCUGUGGAGAGCAUUACUUUUUAGAUGUGACACUAAAACAUUUCGAAUUGCACUUGAAACUCUUUAACGUGAGAGAACACAGAAUUUGUCAGUUUUGUGAUUUAAACACUGUAGAAAGUGAAUACCAUUUCUAACUAUUUUGGGGGCGGUCGGGUAGCCAAGUGGUUAAAGCGUUCGCUCGUCACGCCGAAGACUCGGGUUCGAAUCCCGACAUGGGUACAAUGUGUGAAGCCCAUUUAUGGUGUCCCCCGACGUGAUAUUGCUAGAAUAUUGCUAAAAGCGGCGUAAAACCAAACUCACUCACUCACUCUUACUAUUUUGUCCGUUGUAUGCUGAACACAGAAAACAGUUCAUUGAUUAAUACCAUAUCCGUUACCCAAGUUUACAGAAAUGUGUUACAUUAAUGUCAAUUAAGAAUGUAGUAAUGACGAAAUAGCUGACAAUGUACAUACUGCAUGCUAUGAAGCUGAGAAGUUCCAAAUGUGUUACCUUAUAAAUGUAUAUACAUCCAUUACUAUAUAACAAGUACUAUAGGCCUAAGGCCUCCCAGUAUUAUGAAUAAACACACAUAUAUAUGA